AUGAAACUCUUUGGGCCCUUGAUUUGGAUUACAUGCAUAGCUCUGUAUUGUGAGGCAAAGAAAUACACUGUAACAGAAGGAAGCACCUUUACGUGUAGAACUAGUGUACCACCAGAUAUUCAAUGUGUCAUAACAACAGUCGCAGAUAAAAUUAUAAACAUCUGCGAUUGGUACAUCAGCCAUGUAUGUUUAAUGUAUGGUUACACAGAUAACUUUCUAGCGACGUGCGACUAUGACUUAUCAAAAUCAGCAGAAAGUAUUCAAUAUGAAGGCGUCUUGACAGUACGAAAUAUCAAGAAUGAUAUGCUCAAACUAGCAUGUUUAGACGGCAAAGGCGAUGAGGUUGACAGCUGCGAAUUGGAUUUUGUUGGGAUUGACAUCACAACCCAAUCAACAGAACCAUUAUCAGAUGGCAGCCAUCUUGCUUUAAUCGUGUCAUUCCCAACAUUAUUGUGGAUCGUAGUGUGUGUGGUGUUAUCAACCGUAUGUGUGAUCAUUAAAAGAAGAAAAAUAAGACGUGCUCAGAGAGCGAACGUGCAAAACGUACUUGCUAGAGCCCACGCCUAUGCUGCUCAGCCAAAUCCAAAUACCCAGCAGGACCUUCCUGUCCUUGAACCACCGUCUUAUUCUUCGCUCUACUCAAGUGCUGUCUCCCCAUCGUGCUCAACGACACUGCAGAAUUCUCAACAGUACACGUCAUUACAAGACGUUCCUCCAGAGUACACGUCAUUUCAAGACGUUCCUCCAGAGUACACGUCAUUACAAGACGUUCCUCCAGAGUACACGUCAUUUCAAGACGUUCCUCCAGAGUACACGUCAUUACAAGACGUCCCUUUACAGUACACGUCAUUACAAGACGUUCCUCCAGAGUACACGCCAUUUCAAGACGUUCCUCCAGAGUACACGUCAUUUCAAGACGUUCCUCCAGAGCACACGCCAUUUCAAGACGUUCCUCCAGAGUACACGUCAUUUCAAGACGUUCCUCCAGAGUACACGCCAUUUCAAGACGUUCCUCCAGAGUACACGUCAUUUCAAGACGUUCCUCCAGAGUACACGUCAUUUCAAGACGUUCCUCCAGAGUACACGUCAUUUCAAGACGUUCCUCCAGAGUACACGUCAUUUCAAGACGUUCCUCCAGAGUACACGUCAUUUCAAGACGUUCCUCCAGAGUACACGUCAUUUCAAGACGUUCCUCCAGAGUACACGUCAUUUCAAGACGCGCCUCCAGAGUACACGUCAUUACAAGAUGUCCCUUUACAGUACACGUCAUUACAAGAUGUCCCUUUACAGUACACGUCAUUUCAAGAUGUCCCUUUACAGUACACGUCAUUUCAAGAUGUCCCUUUACAGUACACGUCAUUUCAAGAUGUCCCUUUACAGUACACGUCAUUUCAAGACGUUCCUCCAGAGUACACGUCAUUACAAGAUGUCCCUUUACAGUACACGUCAUUACAAGAUGUCCCUUUACAGUACACGUCAUUUCAAGAUGUCCCUUUACAGUACACGUCAUUACAAGACGUCCCUUUACAGUACACGUCAUUACAAGAUGUCCCUUUACAGUACACGUCAUUUCAAGAUGUCCCUUUACAGUACACGUCAUUACAAGACGUCCCUUUACAGUACACGCCAUUACAAGACGUCCCUUUACAGUACACGUCAUUACAAGACGUCCCUUUACAGUACACGUCAUUAAAUGACGUCCCUUUACAGUACACGUCAUUACAAGACGUCCCUUUACAGUACACGUCAUUACAAGACGUCCAUUUACAGUACACGUCAUUACAAGACGUCCCUUUACAGUACACGUCAUUACAAGACGUUCCUCCAGAGUACACGUCAUUACAAGACGUUCCUCCAGAGUACACGUCAUUUCAAGACGUUCCUCCAGAGUACACGUCAUUUCAAGACGUUCCUCCAGAGUACACGUCAUUUCAAGACGUUCCUCCAGAGUACACGCCAUUUCAAGACGUUCCUCCAGAGUACACGCCAUUUCAAGACGUUCCUCCACAGUACACGUCAUUUCAAGACGUUCCUCCAGAGUACACGCCAUUUCAAGACGUUCCUCCAGAGUACACGCCAUUUCAAGACGUUCCUCCACAGUACACGUCAUUUCAAGACGUUCCUCCAGAGUACACGUCAUUUCAAGACGUUCCUCCAGAGUACACGCCAUUUCAAGACCCUAAUGGAUUCCAAAAGGAGCUCAAUACUCAGGAUGUAGAGUAG